AUGUCAGAUAGAGAGUCUAUCACGCAUCAUAGCGAUAGCGAUGAGGCACCUGAGGUUGUGACAAAGCAGAGUGCGAAGGAACAAGCUUUGAAUCAGCAACGUCAAGAAAAAGAGGCUCACGCGCAGGUCAAAGAAGCCAAGAGAAAACGGAAAGUUAAGAAGGUGACAGCAGAGGCGGAGGAAGUCCCGAAACUAUCGGAUGAUGUGUUGUCAGCUGUUGCGACUCGACAUGAGGAAGAAGAUGCAGUGGACUCUGUAGCAGAAAUUCGAGCUCAAAAGCAACUUGCUGUCAAAAGAGCGAAAGUAGCAAAGUUGAUGGAGAAAAAGACCCACACGAGGCAAUUUGGUAACAUUCAAGUGCAGACAUUGGAGACGCUCGAAAACAUGCAGACGAGGGAAUUGUCAGCUAGUGCAAAGGAAUUUUUACUGCGGCGCACAGCGCCGUCACGGGCGAGAAUGAAUAUUUUGGACGGUCAUCCAUCGCAAUUUACGAAAAAGAAACAACGCAUUUAG